UCGGCGGGUUACACAAGCUACGCAGAGGUGGUCGACCCAGAGGCGAAGAAUCCUUACGCCCCGUUUGCAUCCCGGAUGGACUGGGAACUAGCACGCUGGGCAAAGCUACGUGGUUCCGGGUCAACGGCAUUCUCGGAGCUACUCGCCAUACCAGAGGUCCGAGAGCGGCUCGGCAUAUCUUACAAGAACACGGAUGAAUUGAACAAGAUAAUUGAUGACAAGCUGCCGACACGACGCCCCAUGUUCCACCGCUUUGAAGUGACAAUCGGUGGGGAGCGGUUCGACAUGUUCAACCGCGAUGUUAUAGAGUGUGCGCGUGCCCUCUGGGGUGACGCAGAGCAUGCACCAGUCUUGUGCAUUGUCCCGGAGCGCCACUAUGCCGACGCUGAUAAUACUGUGCGUCUCUAUCAUGAUUUCAAUACAGGCGAAUGGUGGUGGGCGACGCAGAAAAUGCUCGAGAAGAAGAGACCGGGCGCGACGGUCAUGCCGAUCAUUAUCUUGUCCGACAAAACUCAACUCACGCAGUUCCGGAACAAAACGGCAUACCCAGUCUAUAUGACGAUAGGUAACCUACCAAAGGAAAUCCGCCGCAAGCCGUCGCACCGUGGGCAAAUCCUACUAGCCUACCUACCAGCGAGCCGGUUGCAACAUAUCACGAAUAAGGCUGCUCGCCGCCGGACACUAGCGAACGUAUUUCACGCUUGCCUUUCCGAAAUUUUGAAGCCUCUGCAGCAGGCCGGCGUCGAUGGUGUCGAGAUGAUGAGUGGUGAUGGCGCAACGCGCCGCUGCCAUCCUAUUCUGGCGGUGUACGUCGGGGACUACCCGGAGCAGGUCCUCGUGACGGCGACGUACACCGGGGAUUGUCCUAUCUGUGAAUGCCCGCAUGAUGAGCUAGGGACGUAUCCUUGCACGUCGGCCUUCCGUAAUGUCGAUGAGGUCCUCGACGCCCUUGAUCUCUUCGGUACGGCAGACUACAAUCGUGCUUGCGAGGCUGCCGGCGUCAAGCCUAUCCAACACCCUUUUUGGGAACAUCUCCCGUACCUCGACAUCUUCCAGUCGAUCACCCCUGAUGUUUUACACCAAUUACAUCAGGGCGUAAUCAAGCACGUUCUCGCAUGGAUCACCAACAUUGUUGGCAAAGACGAGGUCGAUGCGCGUGUCAAGCGACUCCCUCCGAACCACUCCAUCCAUAACUUCCAUAAGGGGAUCACUGGCUUGUCGCGCGUCACGGGUGCCGAGCACAAACAAAUAUCCCGGUUCAUCCUUGGGCUCCUAAUCGACCUCCCGUUACCUCGAGGGGACUCUUCGGAAUUGAUCGACGCCACGAAAGCUCUGCUCGACUUCCUCUACAUGUCGCAGUAUUCAGUUCACUCGGACACGACUCUGCAGGCGCUCGAAGGCUCACUUGCCGAGUUCCAUGCCAAGAAGGACGUCUUCAUCCGACUCGCGAUCAGGUACUACGGGACAACAGACAACUACAAUACAGAAUCAACAGAGCGCCUGCAUAUCGACUUCGCGAAGGAGGCUUAUCGCGCGACGAACCGCAAGGACGAAUUCCCGCAAAUGACAAAAUGGCUUGAACGUCGCGAGAAAGUGCUCCAGCAUGCUGACUACGUUGGAUGGCGCCUGCUGCGCGCAGAGAGUGGUCGUGAUGAUCUGAUCGCCUCGCGUCAAGGGGUACGCUGGCGGCCGCCUGACUUGGCAUGUACCCUCAAUCACCUGAUGACGAAACAUCCAAGCCGCAAGGCUGUACCCAUCACUGAGCUCGUAGCUCCAGAUGGUUACGAUGCUACACACCUCAUGCCCGCACUUGCUCGUUUUCUCAUAGAGCACAACAAUCCAGGUAUUUCGCGAAACGAGGUGGAAGCUCAAGCCGCGUACGUCCGGUUUCCCUUCGCUACGCUACCGGUCUUUCACAAGGCAAAGUUCCGUAACCUGGAGUACCAUGGCAAGGAGACCUUAGACUCGAUACACGCUCGACCAAGGAAGCUCGGAGGUAACAGUGAUAUCCUUAUACCCUCCCGUUUCGACACUGCCCUUGUGCAAGUGCGACACAUCGAACCCGCCGCCGAAGGUCAGACCACCCCUCACAUGCGUAUAGGCCGUGUCCACGCGAUCUUCUCAAUUCCACAGAAGUUCCAUAACCAACUGAUCCCGUCGAUGCCGAACAUCCGAUGCCCACGUCACCUCGUAUAUGUGGAUUGGUUCUCCAAGUUUGCGCGCUCUCCUGACAGCCACUACCAGAUGUACAAGGUAACUACGUUGACAGGGGGUGAAAGAAUUGGAUCUGUGGUACCUCUUGCGCUCCUUGAACGCAGCGUCCACCUUCAUCCGAAAUGGGGUGGUCCUGUACCAGCACAUUGGACGAGCGAGAAUGUGCUAGACGAGUGUACGACAUUCUACUUAAAUCCGUACAAGAACCCGCACGACUUCUACAACCUGUAUUAG